CACUGGAUCCAGUGCCACAGCAUUGCGGUGGGGGAUAUGAUUUAUCAGUGCUUGGUAGAGGCUGGAAACCGAAUCAAUAGUGCGACGCCACUCGCGCGUAGGCCAUUGUGCCACCCGGGCGCCUAUAUAAGCCUUGUCGUUCGUCCAAUUUGAACUUGACUUUCUACCGCGUUUCUUGCAGGCCACUCGCCUGUUGACUAGCACAUCUACCCCUUCCCAAAUCCCACUUAUCUUAGGCGACCUAGUGCCUAGCCACCCAGUAAGCCACGACCGCGUCCUUUGUUCUCAUUGACAUCGCCUCAUCACCCGUCCUCUCGCCCCCGCUAGCUGUCGACAUGAACUUCAAAGCUAUCCUUGCAUGGGCACGCUCUGUGGAGGCGACUGAGCAGAGUCCAUCUCUCUAUCAUCCCCGGCCACAGCAGACGUGGGCCAACUUUGCCGACAUCUUGGACGGCGAGCGGCAGGUCUCCAACUAUGCAGCAGAACAAUACAUAGCGAAAAAGGACGAGCACAUCUUCAGUCAGACGGCUGCAGAGCUGUGUGACGCGUUGAUGAACAAGUCAUUGUUCCCAUCCAAGGCAUCAUCGUCCCCAGUCAAGCAUCCCAAGUCAUGGACAGAGCCGAAGGAGUUGCUUAGUGUGGAGGACUUCAUGCAUUGCUUGCGCGGCGAGGUUAAGCUUGAUAUCCAGAAGCCUACAAAAGAGAUUGCCUACGAAGUGUUCGCUGACACCGAGACUGCCAACUGGAAGCGUCUCUGCGGUGACAACUACGAGGAGCGCAAGAAGAUGGCCUUCCGCGAUCCGAACUGCAUAUACGAGUGGCCGCCGAUCACCCCGGGCAUGAAGGCAGCCAUGGAUCCUACCGUCCUGAACACUGACCUAGCUAAUACCCUCGUCGGUGAUUCAUUGCUGUCCAUGCUUGAUGCUGAUGGCACUUGGGAUGAUGCUGAAGGCGAACGCGAGGGAGGCGAGCUGCAGAACGGUCCGCAGGCCGUAAGUACACAUAACUGUUCUCUUCUUAGCUCCACUCAUGAGGAUGCGCAGGCGCAGGCCGGAGAUAUAUGCACCGACAUCGCCAUCGACGUGGCACAGAUGCACAUGGCCGAAAGCGGAGUCGAGAAGAGCGCGACUCUUCUACCAAAGGAAGACGCGGCCACUAGCUGGCCAAACGCUUCCUCGUUCCCUCUCCCUGGCGGCUCUGGGUGGUACGACAUCGCCGGGUACGGUUCCUCGGUCUGGGCUCGCACCGCAUCCGAGCUGCCGAAUGUGAACCUUCCCGCGUCGGCCACCUCCCGCACCAGCUCUCCGUCCCUCGGCGGUUGUUCACCGACGACGUCCUCGUUCCCUAUGAUCUCGUCAAUCGCAACUCCGUCUUCACCCAUCGACAUCGAGUUUCAGCUGCUUGAUGGGGAGAUUGAUAAGGAGCGUCGGCUCAAGUGGCGCGCGGAGGCCGCGGAGGAGCUGACCAGCAUAUUCAAGCAGAGCGAGCCGUCUCCGUACGGGCAGGCGAAUCUGGCUUUCGCGCGGUUUCCGUCGAGCAAGGCAGGCAAAGAGCGCUGGUCCGACAGGCGUCGUGUCCCGGUGCAGAUCGUCGAUGCUCACGCCGAGUACUAGCUGGUCGUCUGAGAAUGUGAUCCUUCAUGAGAGAUGAACGAUGAACGAGCAUUGUAAAGAUACUAGAAGAUGAGGCGAAGGGUUCCUGAGGACGGGACUUCUUAUCGUGAUGAGUUCGUGGCUCGUGGAUGUAAAUUGUGACUAUAGCUUUGUGUCUUGUAAUCGUCAGUCCAAGCCGGCUAGCCUAGUGCUGGCCGUGUCUCUCGCAUAAUGUAUUGCUGGCUCUUGUAAAGCGUGUUGGCAGGUUGCCUUUCGAACGCCACCGCCACGAAGCCCUGAAAGCCCGCCCAAAACUCGUGAGCUUUAGCCAGAGCAACAAUCACA